AUGAAAAUUUAUGAUUUUAUCUUGGCAUAGAAAUCAGACAGUUGCUUCUCUUGCCAAAAAGGUUACACCAUUAGCAUAUAUGCUGCUUUAACUAAACUUAUAUUAAAGAUUGUGCAUAAUUUGGAUGCUGAAGGGUUAUCUAAUUAGGGAUAUUUACAUAAAUUGGAAUAGAAUUCUAAUUAAGACUAAGAAAUUAUUAAGAAUUUUGCAAAUCCAAAUAGGAGUAAACUCACCUAAAACAUAAUUUUGAAAUUAUAUUAUUAUUUAUAACAUCUUAAAAUAAUUGUUUUCUCUUAUAAGACUUAAGAGAUUACUAAAAUUUUUUUCGAGUAAAUCAUUAUUUCUUUAUUUUAAGUUAAAAGAGCAAUUUAUAAAAAUUAGCUUUUUAUAACAGCAUGCUGUCCAAUUGUAAUUAAAAAAUAUAAAUUUAGAAAUUCCGUCUGAAGCAUCUCAGAAAUAAGAAAGGAAUUAUUAUAUACAUUCAAAUCUGUUGA